GUAUAUUUGAGGACAUGGGUUUUGCGGCUUCAAGCCUAUGGGAGACGCAUCUAGGAAGCGGCAGCGUGGCGACCCAGGUAUUUCCUUGAUUGAGGAGGCCUUGGGGCUUCUCGACGAGCUUGAGGCCGUCUAUGGCAACAUGCCGGAUGAUUUCUUGUGGGAUACGACCAAGUUCCAAACUCUCAUACAACCCACCCGCAGCUUUAGCAGUGAGUACGAGUCCGAAGAAUACAGGUACAUAGGCAGGGCCAAAGCCAAGGAUUUACUGGACAGGAUUUCGAGGCUGCGCAGGGGUGCUCAGUUGCAGGUUCAGGGAGCUAAAGGAACCGGAAAAACCACCGUCAUGAGCUCCAUUACCGGUUACAUGCUCGGGGUGCAGAAAAAACCAGUGGUCUACAUUUCUACCCGUCGUUUCGUUGAAUCUCCGGCUGACGUUCUUCAACAUGCGUUGUUAGUGGCCACGCGAGGUGACGAAAGUGUGGCUGAGAUGACUACGCUGGGUGAGCUGGUUGGCUGGUGUCGGCGCCGAAUAAACGAUCCAUUGCUGUUCGUGGUAGACGACUGGGAUAAGUUUGAGGAUUUUCCAAGCUUAAUGUCGUCUUUGAAGGAGGCAGUGUCGUUUCGCCAUAUCCUUGUUAAGCUGUCUUCGACCAACAGUAGGGAGCGCAGGAUCACCACCGUCACCGACAAGCCUUUACCGAGUUUCGACUUUGAUGGACCUUACAACAGCAGUGAGCUGGAAACGUGGAUUGCGCAGUCGAGUCUUGACAAGACCGAACUCAAAGCGCUUGAACGUUUAACCGGUGGAAUACCUCGGCUUUUGAGGUUCUUCGAGGAAGUGAAGGGAAACAGUAACAAGUUCAUGGAGAAGAUCGAAGAAACUUACACAAGAAAGUUGUUUGAUAAGUUCAUUGCAUUGCAGACCACUAAGGAGCAGCUCGCAGCUGCCUUGGACUUGGUUACAAGGGGUGAGCUAAGUGCUCUCCUUCAGGGGCCAGUGGAUCUCACUUGUUUUUACAAGGACGGUUCCAGGUUCAGGCUCCUGUGCCCAUACUUACGGUCUAGAGCGGAGUUCUACAUCAUGGAACAGAACAAGAAUUUGAAGAGCACUCUCCAGUAUGAAGACAUUCAACGUUGGGUAGGUGCUGUGAGAAUGGAUUGCACAGGAACGAACAGGAAUCCGCCUCGCGUCGGCUGGAAUGUGGAAGGUUUGAUUGUUUCAGUGAUGAGGUAUCAAGGGAAGCUGUGGGAAGGGUUAGAGUUCAAGUACUACAAGACAUACAAGCAUGGACGUGAAGCAAAAUUUCUCAGGGACUUGUCGACAGAAGAGCUCGCUGACGGUGUGCUGGUUGGACCUGAGGCGUUCAACGAGAAAGCCUUGGAUGUCAUCUACCUGAGGCUAGAGGGUUCUGUGCUGACGAUCAAGGCAGUGCAAAUCACGGUUUCAAAAUGGAAGACUAAACAAAGGAAGAGAUCACACGGUGUUUGGCAGGAGCAGGUGCUGCCAAGAUGGCUGUCGAGGAAUUUAAGUGUAGAGCAUCAGUUUGUUUACCUGAUGCCUGAGAGUGUGACGCAGGAUGAUUUGGGAGAGAUUGAGGCAAACGUCGUCAACUACAUCAAUGCACAGGCAGAUCCACAAGAGGAGGAUUCAGAUAAACCUGAGGAGGAGGAUUCAGAUAAUGAGGUUUUGUCCGUAAAUUGGAAUGCAGUCACCAGUCAACCUCUUAUGUUCAAAAAGCUGGGUGACGUUCACAGGUGUUUGUUAGCACUCGAUGAGUUGCUAAACCUGAGACCAGCCGGGAGUCUGGAAAAGAAAGCGAUCAAGAAAUGUCCUGGUGCGGUGGUUGAAAACGGCAUUUCCCGGCCAUGUCGAAGAUGGUCUCGCACUGAUCAGCUGGUCUUUUACUGUUGCCGAGCUCAUCGGGGAACACACAUUGCAUGAGAACGAUUUAAGAAUACAUCUCUCCCUUACCAGUC